UUAAAUUACUUUGAUAGCUCGAGAGCAAUCAUUAUAUAAAGCUAUAUUUUUAAUCACAAAUAUACAUCUACUCGAAAGUUUUUUUUUUAAAAAAAAGAUGAAAUCCCUAAACAAACGUUCCCAAAUGUUCUCAUCACUCUCCAACCACGAUUCACCACAUUCAAUGGAGUCACCAGACUCACCACAAUAUGAGAUCUCUUCAUGCUCUUCUUCUGAAAAACCUAGAUACUACUUUCAAUCCCUUGAUCUCUUCCCCAACCUCACUCAAAACGCUUGUAACAACAAUAACCUAAUCGAGCCUUUACCACUUAUCGAUCGGAUAGACUCAAGCUCAAACCUUAACCUUAACCGUAAGCCAAAGGCAUUGUAUGUUGAGGAAGGAGAGGAAGAGGAAGAACAGGAGGAAGAGGACGUGGAUGUGAGCUUACGCAUCGGCCUUCCUGGCUCUGAUAAUUUGAGCAACGGUGCUAAAUUUUCGAAGAAAAAUGGGAAGGAGAUCAUCACUCACGAUGCCGGAAAACAAUCAGAGAAUGAACUUUCCGGCAAGGCAUACUGGAUUCCAGCAGUGGAGCAAAUUAUAAUAGGCUUCACUCAUUUUUCUUGUCACGUCUGUUUCAAGACAUUCAACCGCUACAACAAUCUUCAGAUGCACAUGUGGGGCCACGGUUCACAGUACAGGAAAGGACCAGAUUCACUUAAAGGGACGCAGCCACGAGCCAUGCUAGGGAUCCCUUGUUACUGCUGCGUCGAAGGCUGUAAGAACCACAUUGACCAUCCUCGCUCCAAGCCGCUCAAAGACUUUCGAACGCUCCAAACGCACUACAAACGCAAACACGGCCAAAAGCCCUAUGCGUGUCGCAUCUGCGGUAAGCUUUUGGCUGUCAAAGGUGAUUGGCGUACGCAUGAGAAGAAUUGCGGGAAACGGUGGGUUUGCGUUUGCGGUUCCGAUUUUAAACACAAACGCUCCCUGAAGGAUCACGUUAAAGCUUUUGGGCCUGGUCAUGGGUCUUAUCCGACCGGUUUGUUUGAUGAGCAGGCCUCUAAUUCUUCUGUCUUUGAAAGUUUGUUCUGUGUGAUCGGUGAGUAUUAGAGUAACUGAGAGGAAUGUAACUGAGAGAAAAAAGAAAAGUAAUAAUUAAAAUAAUUGAAAAUAAUAAGUAAGAGCAUCUAGAUAGUCCUUACCAAAAAAAAGAUCAUCUAGAUAGUCUUUCCAUAGUAUCUGAUUUAUAUAAUACUAAUAUAAUGUAUUUAUAUAAUUAAAUUAUAAAUUAA